AUGUCUAAUGACUCUGGCGAAAAGCACGCCUCGAACGGCAUAAAGUUCACGCCGACUGAGCGUCACGACACAUAUUCUUACAUCAGCCCUACCAAGUCCAACCUUUCGGGAAAACAUGUUCUCAUCACUGGUGCUUCCAAAGGCGUCGGCCGCGCCACGGCCAUCAGCUACGCAAAAGCAGGUGCAUCCUGCAUAGCCCUGGGCGCACGAUCCUCGCUAUCCGACGUCGUCUUGGAAGUUCAAUCUGCAGCCAAAGACGCAGGUCAUUCGCAACCACAUGUCUUGGCCUUAAGCCUCGAUGUCACUAGUAAAGACAGCGUAGAUGCUGCAGUGAAAGAAGUGGCCGAGAAGUUUGAUGGAAGACUUGAUGUUCUUAUCAACAAUGCAGGAAGUCUCGCCCCCUUCGCCGGCAUCCCAGAAUCUGACCCGGAAUCCUGGUGGAGCGACUACGAGGUCAGUGUUAAAGGCCCUUAUCUCAUGACCCGCGCAUGUUGGUCUCUACUCCUCGCUGGCACCAAGAUCAUCAUAAACCUUACAUCCAUCGGCGCUCUCAUGAUCGUUCCGCAAAGUUCAUCCUACGGACCAGCGAAACUAGCUUCUCUGCGCCUCACAGAGUUCAUUGCCCAAGAUCACGGGGAGGGAAAGGACGACAUGGUAGCUAUUGCUGUGCAUCCUGGCGGCGUGCAAACAGAACUUGCUUCGAAAAUGCCGGGGCAUAUGCAUGAGUGGCUUGUUGAUACACCAGAAUUGGGAGCGGACACAUUGGCUUGGUUAGGAAGUGAGAGGAGGGAGUGGUUGAGUGGAAGGUAUGUUAGUGCGUGCUGGGACAUGGAGGAGUUGGAAAAGAAGAAAGGGGAGAUUAUUAAGGGGGAUUUGUUGAAAAUGCGGUUGGCUGUUGAUGUAUAG